CAGACGCCCAACAACCACGUCAGCUAGCGUCAUCUUUUCUUUCACCUCGUCACUAGCAUGGGCAAGCGCAAGGCUGCGACGGAUGAGGCGCCGGUCGUGAAGAAAGCCAAGGCGGCGCCCGACUGGCGCGUCGCCUUUCUGCGAGCGGUCAACGUCGGUGGGCGCGUCGUCAAGAUGGCAACGAUCGCAGCGCACUUUCGAGCGAUGGGCUUUCAGGAUGUCUCGACCUUUCUCGCGUCGGGGAAUGUGCUUUUUGACGCGAACGGUGCACCGCCAUCCGAGGACCUCGAAGCCCGUAUUGAGAGGUACCUGACCGCCCAUGUCGGAUUUGAGAUUCCCGUCAUGGUGCGAUCCAAGACGCAGCUCGAGGACCUUGUCGCGUUCGUCGAUGCGAACGCACCGCACGGCGCGUCGACGAUCCACGCCAUGUUUGGGAAAACUACCUUCUCAGACGACCAAGUGGCGCUCGCAAUGACGUGGGCAACCGCCAGUGACAGCUUUGCGGCAGCGACGACCGACACGCUCGUGUGGUUUGCAGAGACGACGAUGAGCAAGUCGCCGUGCUUCAAUAAGCCGUUCGAGAAGCUCGUGGGAGCGGCGCUAACGCUACGCAACAUGAACACGGUCCGCCGCGUGCUCGCCAAGCUCAUUUAGACCAUUCGAUGCGAGCAGAAGAGUCCGAUUUCGCGCCUUGCGGUGGUCAGUGAUGUCCCGUCUUCAGCGCGACAUAUAACAAAAAACAAGAUGGAAGCAAGCCAUGGCAA